CAAGCUUCAAAAAGGGUCCAACUACAAUUAAUGAAAACUUAGGGGAUUAAUAUGAAAUUAAAAAAAUCACAAUACUCCUAUAUAACCAUCCUGUUUAAAUUAACUAGCCCUAGGUCAGAAAUUGAUCGAACACUACAACAGAAUCAGAAAAAAAGGAAAUGGAGAACUCUAAUUCAUCAAUAGAAGGAAAUAAUUUGAGGGUUCGAAAGCUGGAACUUUCAGAUAAAAGCAAAGGGUUUUUAGAGCUAUUACGACAAUUAACUGUUUGUGAUUCAGUUUCUGAUAAAGAAUUCGAAGAUAGGUUUAAGGAAAUCAGCAUGUAUGGCGAUGAUCAUGUUAUUUGUGUGAUCGAAGAUGAAAUUUCAGGUAAGAUUAUAGCUUCAGGGAGUGUGUUUAUUGAGAAGAAGUUCAUAAGGAAGUGUGGUAAAGUGGCCCACAUUGAGGACGUGGUGGUCGAUGCCGGUUCCAGAGGGACGCAAUUGGGGAAGAAAAUCGUGGGGUUUCUGGCGGAUCACGCUCGUUCCAUGGGGUGUUAUAAGGUUAUUUUGGAUUGCGGUGAUGAAAACAAAGUGUUUUAUGAGAAAUGUGGGUUUAAGAAGAAGGAGAUUCAGAUGGUUAAGUAUUUUGUUUGAAUGUAAGGGUUUUUCUUUCUUUACAUACAAUGCUUGUUUUGAUGAUGAUAUCAAUGGCAUUUUUCAGCUUAUUUACAGCUGUUGGUGGAUGAA